CAUUACAGCUUUGUAUUCUUUAACGGAACAAUACAGUGACGUUUUCUAGUUUCGAUUUUACUUAACAGCCACGGACAAAUACAAAUAAAAACACAACGGACACCAACGGAUCAGCAUAAAAGGAUGAAUUUUAAGUCCUGUGAUUCUAAUUGUUAAGAUUGAGUGACUGCAGCAGGACGUGGGAAAACAAAAUUCUGUUCGCUGAGAUUUAAUUGUGGUACGAAAAUAAGUCGUGAAGUAAACUGACCUACGAGAAUGUCUUCAGCUAAGAUUAUUACAUCGUUCUUGCUGGUCGCAGCUUUGACGCUCUUCUUAGCACAGAUCUCUGACAGUCGCCCCCUGAGAAAAUUCCGUCGCAUGAAAAAUCGUCAGCGAAUUGUCCAGGAUGACAGCGACGACGAUGAAAGUUCCGAGUGCGGUGACAGUGGCGACGUUGACAGCGAUGACGGGGACGAUGACAACGGAGACGACAGCAAUGAGAAUCCAUGUAAGAAACCUACGACCACGACAUCGCCGACCACAACUCAAGCCACGACGACUCAAGCUACGACUCAAGCCACCACAUCGGUCAAGAACACGACCAUGCCCCCAACAACGACAACGGUGGCGACAACGACCAUGCCCCCUACAACGACAACGGUGGCGACCACAGCGAUGACGACCACGACAGCGAUGACGACCACGCAAGCCGUACUGACAACGCCACCAGGCAGGACUCUGCGAGGAUCCGAAACUCAUGCAAAGGAAGUCUUGAUUAUACGAACAAGCCACAAGUGGAAGGAAUGACGUCUGGGUACAUCUAUGGCUCUCUCGUG